AUGCAGAGUUUGCAUGACCGGAUCAUGGAUCUUGAUAUGGUGGAUAGGGAUAAGGAAAAUUUGAUGGAUCUUAUAAGUGCAAGAUUGGAGAUGAAUUUGGAGAUUGAUAAAGUCGAGUUGUUUUGGGAACAACGAGCUCAGGCAAAUUGGCUGAAAUUGGGUGAUAGGAACAUGGGGUUUUUUCAUCGGUUUGCAACUCAGAGACGGAGGGUUAAUCGAGUGAGUUGUCUUAUUAAGAAUGAUGGGAGCUUGGUUCAUGAUGGUGAGGGCUUGUUUGAUGUUGCCGAUGCCUAUUUCACACAAUUGUUCACUUUUCAAGGGCAGGGUGAUUCGAGGCAUAUUCUGGAGGGGUCUACUCGUGUAAUGGCUCUGACUAAAGCAUCAGGUUCAGAUGCGCUUCCUACGUUGUUUUAUCAAAAGUUUUGGCAUAUUGUCGAGCGUGAUAUUGGUGCAUAUUGUCUUGAAAUCUUGAACGAUGUUAUUUCUACUAAUAUAAACAAAACUCAUAUAGUGCUUAUUCUUGAAGUUGCCAAUCCUACGAGAAUGCAACAGUUUCAUCCUAUUAGUCUUUGCUCUGUUCUAUACAAAUUUGUCUUGAAAGUUGUGAGUGCUCUUUUUCCUGGUCGAUUGAUUACAGAUAACACCAUCUUGGCGCAUGAAAUUCUUAAUGUGUAUCGCCGAAAGAGGAGGGGAAAGAAAGGGCACUUCACUUUAAAGCUUGACAUGUAA